AUGUUGGCAAGAGUUGAAAGCACACGGCUAAAAUAUGUCUUCAACGCAGAAAACGAACAAUCCCCUGCCAUCGGCUGGGAGUAUCUCAGAGACCUUCCAAGCGUGGGACAAGACCAGCCCACGUUGGUCGGGACGCAGGAAGUGUUUAAGGAUUUGGGGGAUGGAUACGGAAAAUCUGUCGAGGAGAUGCCACCACUAUACUCAGUCGAUCUUUUGACUCUUGUUCCGCGUACUCAAUCCCUCUCUGAGACAUUCACAAGAACCUUAUACGUGCAAUUUGCCCCCAACGGCACAGUGGCUACGGUGCAGCAGGUCCCAAUUGCAGCAGGCCUGUCCAGGGCCGUAAUUAGCUCACUUGCAGGAGUGAAUAACCCAGCUACAGCUGGUGAGGCAAGCAUCCGAAUCGCACAUCCGGUUGUGAGCACCAUUUGCAUGCUGAAUGCGAUUAUGGACGAAAAUGACAACCGCUCCAUUCAAUUUCCCGUAACUUAUCUUGCUGCAAAUGCCACGGCAGUUGAAACUACGCCUUACACGAAUAUCACCCGACGACAGCUCUGGGACCAGGUUCAGAAUCAAGAGCAGGGGCAGAUCCUCUGGGUGGACGAUGUUCCUUUUUCGACGGAGCGAACGCUAGGAGCCAUCGUCGUACAGCCGGAUCUCUGUGAUAAUGGUCAAAAAUAUAUCAUAAGCGGGCAGUGGGCCAACAUGACCUCCAGGAUAGUGGUUGCAACAAACGGGUCAGCCACGAAGUUCGACCAGCGAGUGGAAAGUCUUCUCCCGCGGGAUUUUCUCAACACUCUCCCAGCAUGGCCGCCACAUGCAGUCUCCAUAUCGAAAAAUUGGGCGAACAGCAUCACCACCCAAAUUGGUAACCAGAAUCGAACGGUGGCGGACAAUCUCCUUCGGUCUCUCUUGUUGACUGAGAACGUGUGCCCGGUAAACGGUAGUUACCCGCUGUACUCACCUGCGCCACGCCCUCUGAUGCACGAAGCCAUUGUCUCCUCGUUAGUGGCAAAUGGGAUGUCUCACGCAGCAGGUCCCUUCAACAUGUCAGCACAAAAUCUCCACGAUGGUACCUUCCGAUGGGUAACCCCAAUUGGUGACCUGGUCAAAACCCCCAGCAUGAUCCUGACAUUCCAGUCUCGUGUUCUGGGUUUUGCAUGGAAUAUGGAUGGUACGGCAAUCAGAAUCGCUAUUUCGAUCCUUAUUUUAUACUGUCUAUACGCAACUAUCUAUGUUGUAUACACCUUCGUCACAGGGCAUAGCUCGCAUGCUUGGGACACAAUAUCAAGCAUUACAGCUUUGGCAUUCAAUUCAAGGCCCACCAAGGUACUGGAGAACACGAGUGUGCGCAUUUCACAGACAGAAACCUUCCGAAAUCUAGUCAGCGUUCAGGAAGUGGAGGCAGAGAAGCGGUUGGAGCUGGUCUUUCAACAGGAUGAACAGGAUCGAGGGCCAGUGCAGCGAGUUAAGGCUGGCAAAUCAUAUUCAUAG